AUGGCCAUCUCAACACAGAUCCAACAAGAUGCCGAAAUCAUCUACAACUACCACCAAAUGCACAUGCCCAUCCACCCCGCCGACGCAAUCUUCUGCCUCUGCAGCCUCGACACCCGCGUGGCCGCCCACGCAGCCCAGCUGUACCUAGACGGCCUGGCCCCCUACUUAAUAUACUCCGGUGACUCGGGCAAGCUCACCGAAGGCCGUUUCACCAAGACUGAGGCAGAAGUCUUUGCGGACAUUGCUCGAGGAAUGGGGGUGCCGGACGACAAAAUCAUAGUGGAGCCUAAAGCGACGAAUACCGGCGAGAAUGUGCGCUUCACGUAUGCGUUGCUGCAGAAGAUGGGCAUCCAUCCAAAGUCACUGAUUUUAGUGCAAAAGCCGUACAUGGAGCGCCGAACGUACGCUACGUUUAAGAAGCAGUGGCCGGAGGAGACGAGCUUCACGGUUACUUCGCCACCGUUUCGGUUUGAUGAGUAUCCGGAUGAGGAUAAUCCUAGGGAUUUGGUCGUCAACAUCAUGGUUGGUGAUCUUGUGAGGAUUAGGGAUUAUCCGGCGAGGGGAUUUCAGAUCGAGCAGGAUAUUCCGGCGGAGGUGUGGGCGGCGAUGGAGAGAUUGGUGAGUGCGGGUUUUGAUCAGCAUUUGCCGGAGGGGUUUUUGGUGAAUGGAUUGAAUUGA